AUGCGGCGUAUGUUUCCCUUUUCUAUUUCUUCUUCUUUCCGCCCUUCCCCAAGUUCUGUUCGCCUUCAUAGUGCACUGCGCACUAGUGGAAGGUCCGCACAUAGUUGUCCCUUCAAGGUCCUGGGGCUCUCCCCUACCGCGUCAGCAGACGAGUUGAGGAGUCGUUACAUCGAACUUGCAAAGCAGCUGCACCCUGAUGCGGCUGCCCCUGGAGCAGCAGCAGCUACAGAUGCUUCACGCAAGUUCAUAGAACUCAGGAAAACAUAUGAGAGAGCUCUACAGCAGCUGCAACGACAGCAGCAGCAGCGGCAGGUGACGCCGCAGAGCUGCGACAGCAUGGGUUCUUCAGUAGAGCCAUCGUCCCAUCCCUGGCAGUGGCGGCGUGGAUCGCCGACAGCCUCUGCUGCAUAUCCUUACAACACUGAGUUAAGCAAAGCAGUUUCCAGGAAAAGACAUGAAUGGGAAGAAAUGCAGAGAGAGAGAGAGCUAUUCUGGAGGACUCGGAGCCAGCAAAGAAACGAGAAAGGCGACGACGCUCCGUACCUGCGUGAUAUCAAGGCUCUUUUCAAUAGGCGGCUGAGUGAGGAAGAACAAAAUGAAAAACAUCAAAGGAAAAAUAGUAGUGCAGCAGCAGACAGCACUGAAGGGGAGUGUGCGGCUGCAGCAGCAGCUGCUGUAGCCGCAAGGGAAGAGCAGCUGCUCAGAAGCGAACUCACAGCCUUUGGCCUCGACGAUAAAUACAUAGACCCAGCGACAAUAUGGUUUCCCAAAAGAAAAAAAGCAGCGAAGGCCCACGCAUGGGUAAGCAGACCAGAAAAGAAGUUCAGCACAAAGGCGGUGGUGGCAGUAGUUUGGUUGCUUGUUGUGCUUGGGGCAGCAGCUACUGUUUUUCUAUCUGUAGACUUGAAGAAAGAACCCGCAACAUCAAAGUAA